AUGUUACCUUUGAUAUCAUUACAUCAAUCUUCCUCGUUGUCAUUACGUAUUUUAUUAAAUCGAUGCCAUUAUGCACUUGCAAUUCAACAUUAUUCAUCAUCAAUCCGUCCACCUAUACCUCCAUUUUCACCUUCAUCUAUAAAUAAAUCCAGUAAUGUUACUCAAACGUUUGAUACAAUGCUCGAUUUUAGACGACAACAAGCAAGACGAACAGUACUUAUUCAUCUUGGUCGUAGUCAUUCGGAAUCAGAAUUAUAUAAAUUAUGUUCCCGUAUUGGUCAGAUUACAAAUAUGACGUUAUAUACAGCUAAUAAAAAGGAAUGUGCUUUACUUGAAUUUUCAAAUGAACAAAGUGUUAAUAAUCUUCUAAAGAUUACCAGUCAUUUUACGAAUGAAAAUCGUUUACCAUGUGCAUCACGAAAUCUUUAUUUUUCCUCUCAACAAACAGGUACACGAUUAAAAUAUCAUCCUAUUGGUCGUGAAGUUCAACAACCCGAUGAUUCAAUUAUUGAUAAAUCUUUAAAUGAUAUUCGUAACGUAAGUGAUCAAAUUCGAUUUUUUUGGCAAAAAACAAAAUUAACUGAACUUGAUACUCGUCUUCGUUUUUUUGUUUCAUCACUUGUUGAAGAAGCAUUUGGAAGUAUUUUUGUUGAUACUGUCUGCCUUCCAUUCGGUUCAUCUGUAAACACUUUUGGAAAAUCUCGUUGUGAUCUUGAUAUGUUAUUAACAUUUGAAGAUUUCCGAGAAAAAAAUAUAAAACGUGAUGGAAAAAUUCCACAAUUACGUUUUUUAACAAAACGUAGUUAUUUAAAUGAUCGAUUUCAAGCACAAGCUUAUCUUAAAAUUCUUGCUGAUACAUUAAAACAUUUUAUGGCUGAAUGUACGAAUGUACAAAUAAUUCUUCCAGCACGUGUACCUAUUGUACGUUUUCAACAUCGUUUAUCUGAUCUUCAAUGUGAUGUAUCAAUGAGCGAAUUUAAAUCAUCAUAUUAUAUGUCAAAAUUGUUAUGGAAUUUAAGUUCAAUUGAUAAUCGUGUUGCACCACUUGUUUUUGUUAUUCGUCGAUGGGCACGUGAAGCUUCAAUAACACAGAGUACACCUGGUCCAUGGUUUUCAAAUUUUCAAAUGACAUUACUUGUUCUUUUCUAUCUUCAAUCAAUUGAAAUUUUGCCUAAACUUAAUUAUAUUAAUGAACAACCAACUACAAUAUCACCUCAAGAUAUUCUUGCAGCGAAUGUUUUAGGUGAUCUCAGUGAUGAUACAAUACUUAUGAAUGAACUUGAAAAUAUUCGUUACGUUCAAUCAAAUAAAGCUAAUAAUAAUUCACUCGCUAUUCUUCUCAAAGGUUUUUUUACAUUUUAUGAAAAUUUUGAUUUUCAAUCAUCAUUAAUAACGUUAUUAAAUCGUAAGAAUAUGUCCAAAUCAUCAUUAAUUCAAACAGGUAAAGAUAAAGAUUGGCCAAUAUAUCUUGAAAAUCCUCUUGUACCAUCAAUGAAUGCAUCAAAAAAUCUUGUUGAAUCUGAAGGUGAACGUUUUCGUGAAACAUGCAAAAAAGCAUCGGAAAUACUUUCUCAUUCAUCGAAAAAUCUUCUAUCAUUAUUUGAAGAAUGUCAUCAAAUCUUACCUGAUGAUCUUAUUGCCCGUGCUUAUCCAGCACCUAUAUCAAUAAUGCCCGAUUUAGAAACAGAUAUUAAUCAUGAUGAAUUAACAACUAUAAAUGAUAUUCAACAAGACCAAGUCUUUCAUAAUACACAUCAACAACAUAUUGUUACUUCAUAG